GAAAAAUUCAAAAUUCACUGCGAUGGCGCUACCGACCACAUAUUAAAACAGCUGAUUAUUUGUUGUCACUGCAUUGUAUGAUACAUGCGGUUCAUUCGCGAAAUUUGUAAGAUCAGAUAUAAGUACUUACUUAUGCCGCCAACAAAUAUUGUCAAUACAGGUUAGGCAGGUGUAAUCUUAUUUUGAUACCGGCGCAAUGUUUGUGAGUUUCAUGCAUGCAACGACGUGUGACUGACUAAUAAUAAAUUAAGCCAAACAUAUUCUUUGGUCAGUUUCCUAUAUAUACUAAGCAAAAUGCUCAUCAAAGUAUUACAACCAAAGUGGAAUCACUUGAAGAUACCUUUUAGACUUCUAAGACAGUGUAGUUCUAAUGCAAGUAGCGUACCAGCUAAGAACAAUAACAAUGAGGAGUUCACAGACUGGAAAGAAAAGUUACAUGCUACAAUGAAUGUUUAUGAAAAUUUCAUCACCCCAGAAGAGGAAGACAGUUUACUCAAAGAUGUUGGACCUUACUUAAAGCGAUUGAGAUACGAAUAUGCUCACUGGGACAAUAUGAUACAUGGUUACAGGGAAACCGAGUUUCUUAAAUGGAACGAAGAUAACGUCAAAAUUAUAAAUAAAGUGAGAGAAAAGGCAUUUCCACCAGGUAUGCCACAACUUGGAUUAGUGCACGUACUUGAUCUUGCUGAAGAUGGUUGGAUAAAACCUCAUGUAGAUAGCACUAGAUUUUGUGGAGAAGUUAUCGCAACUAUAAGUUUAUUGAGUGACUGUAUUAUGAGACUUACUUAUGUUGGUCAUGAAAAAGAGUAUUGGGAUGACUUCUUAAUACCCAGAAGAUCAUUGUAUGUUAUGAAAGGUGUUGCCCGCCACAAAUAUAGUCAUGCAGUCCUGAGUAAAAAGGAAUCUAUUUACAAGGGAAAAGUUGUUGACAAACUAAGGCGUAUUUCUGUGAUAUGCAGGAGUGAACCAGAAUAAAUUGUUUGAAAAAUUGUACAUUUGUUGAAUCUUGUGGAUAUGUAAUUAAUAUUUUAAAAAAUAAAUUAUAGGCAUCAUAACUCAAAAUGUAACGAUUUAGGUAAAGUUUAUUUCAUAUUUGGCGCCUAUAGAGGCUUAUGCAAUCUUCUUUUUUCGCAUGGUAAGGCAGUAGUCUACUUUCUGAACAUCUGAUUGGCACCAUAAAUGUGAGAAGAGAUCAUUGUGAGGUUUGCACGAUUUCGGCGUUUACUAAUUAAUUGCAUAUCAGAAAAAAUGAGUAGUUAGUAAUUUCUUAUUGAAUUGAAGCAAACAUCUUAGAAAUUUUUACGUACGAAAUUGAUUCUCAAGAUGUCAAACCUAACAAACUUUGUGUCAACUGCACUGAAAGUAUGGGUUCCUCAAAUGACAACAGUUCGCUUUCGUUAUUGGGCUGAUAAGAAGAGACUUAUAAGAAACUAUGGAUACAAAGAGAUCCUAAAUCAAAAAGGACUUCUAGCACAUACUGGUGGUGACAAACCAAUACGGCCAAUGCCUAUAUAUCGUCCUGAUAAUUCAUGGUCUGAAAGAAAAGCACUUUUUGGUCAAAAUGACUACAUUGACAUUCUUGGUACCCAAGAACUUCCAGUUACAAAGAUAAUGUAUAAUGUUCCCAAGUGGCUUAGAGGAGUCAGAGGGGAUAAUGAACUGCAAGUUCUUAUCCGAAAAAAGAAAGCACUGAGACUUGGCGUUUAUCCAAUUGCCAGGCCCACAAAGUGGAAGGAAUUGAAUUCAAGAAUCAUGUAUCUUUAUAAGUUCAUGAAUCGUAAAACUAGAACAUGGAUGUCCAAACAGUAAGAUAAUGUACUUUAAGAUCUUUUUAAUAAAAUUAUAUAAGUUGU